AGAUAGACGUUAAAGAAAAAGGCAAUUGCCUGAAUUCACAAUUUUAAAGUUUCAUACUGACGCAAAACCUUAUGAAACAGAACUUUUCUACAAACUGCAAAAUGACGGUAGAAGUGUUGAAUGUUUCGAAGCAAAUUACAACGACGUCAGUCGAGGUAACCAAUCAGGCGCCAUUGGUCUGAUCGAGGUAACCUCAUCACCAAGUAUAUCAAUCUUGCUCAAGGGCUGCUUUUUUGUCACGCAACAGCUGAUAUCCUCAAAUAAUUAAAACCUAAUUUUGGUAAUUUUUGCUGCUGUAACGUUUAUUCUACCUGUGAUAAAAUAAAAUAAAAUAAAAAAACUAAAGCAUGUAUCAAGUUCGAUGAAAUUUUGUUAGCCGAAACGCUAUUAUCUAAGGGAUCAAAGCUCAAGGAUGGGUAACGCAGGCAGCCAUGUUCCUGGACAUCAUAGUAGUAGCGUAGUACGAGAAAGUCAUCACAGACAUGGCAAGGAUCAUCCACCUUCCUCCCCUGGAAAAGAUGGACAAGCUUUUAUUUUUGACAAAAAGCCAAGUCAAAAGCUAGUCUUUCAAUCGUCUCACGACGAGGAAGAGCCUUAUUACACAAAGGCUGGUCCAGGAGAUGGGGACAACUUUGGACCUGGGCGUCCUCGUUCAAAUACAGUAUCUGAGGGAACCAAAGUUUCCGAUAGCAAAGUAUUACCGACUGUGUUCAAAUGGGAAGGAGGUGGUAAACAAGUAUAUAUCAGUGGUACUUUCACGGAAUGGAAAACAUUACCAAUGGUUAAAAGCCACGGAGAUUUUGUGACGAUCAUCGAUUUGCCCGAGGGUGAACAUCAAUACAAAUUCUAUGUAGAUGGGGAAUGGAGACAUGAUCCAGGAUUGAAAAUCGUUGACAACGGUUUGGGAUCAAAGAAUAACCUUGUCUCAGUGAAACAAUCAGAUUUCGAGGUCUUCCAAGCGCUGGCAAAAGACAGCGAAGGAAUAAUUAGCAGUGCUCAGACAGAAUACAGUCAAGAGAUUCCGCCAAAUAAGCCUUGGGAAAAAGUUGCUGGCCCUCCAGUCUUGCCACCACACUUAUUGCAAGUUAUUUUGAACAAGGACACUCCCAUGUCUUGUGAACCAACGCUUCUACCUGAGCCAAAUCACGUUAUGUUGAAUCACCUUUAUGCCUUGAGCAUCAAAGACAGUGUGAUGGUUCUUUCGGCCACCCAUCGUUAUCGCAAAAAAUACGUUACAACUCUACUCUACAAGCCUAUAUAAUAUUUCUUUUCUUCCUCAUUCCUCUGUAAAAAAGUUGCUAUAGUUUCGUUUCAUUAAAGUAUGUUAGUUUCUGUCAAGAAAUACUUACAAAAGAUUUUUCGCUUACAUGUCAAAUAACAGAACAUUAGUGAUUGUCUAUAACGACAUUUGAUUAAAGUGAUUACCCUCGAUCCUCUUUAGCUUGUAAUAUAUUGUACCUUACGUAUCUGUUGAGUAUUGUAACUAUUAUUUAUUAAAAUCAAAAAUUUCUUGAAUUGUUCACGUCGAUAAUGUAAUCCGUAAGUCGAUCUUGUGAAUUUUGUGAAUUAAUAUUGAAGCAUGAAAAAUGGUGCAUUCGUUUAUUGUACAGUAAUGUAAGAAUAUUGUGGGAAAUGUAUCGAUUAUUGAUAAACAAAAAAGAAACGCGAGAGAAAAAUAAUGAUAAAAAAUUAUAAGAAAACGUUAA